CCUCAGUGUUCCAGUCACUUCCCACCGUCGCUCGUCGUAGUCGUCGUCGUCAUUAUCGUCAUCAGUGUUAUUCUUUUGUCCGAGACUGAUUAAAAAAAAGAAAAUUUCCCCACCGCUAGCUGCUGCUCUGCUCCGCUCUGUAUCUCAAAACAAGUUGAGAAAAAAGCAAAAGUUUGCGCAUAAACGGGCUUAACGUUACAAAAACCCAUUGCCACUUGAGUUCAGUCAUUGACGAGUCGCUCUCCAGCUUAGUUCUGUUUCUGCGUUGUUCGGGGUCUUGAAGAUUCGAUUUAAAUCCCAUUUUAGAGAAAUUCAAAAAACACGAUCGGGUGUUUGAAAGAGACUCAAGCUUAGGUUAAACGGUUUGAGUUUUUUUGUUAACUGUUGAGUUUUUUCGUCUCGGUCUUUUUGGGUGUAUUUUCCCACAACCCACCGCGUUUGGUUGUUCUUUAUAAGAAAAGAAAUUUUAACACCUCCCUCGACGGCGCCAUCAUCACGUCCCUUCCCCGUCUUUAAGAAGCGAACAAGUGAAAGUGCAUUAACAACAACAACAAAUAGUAGCUCGAGCUCAACUAGUGAGUGCUUUGAGGCAAGAACCAGUUGCAAGUGUUAUUUGGCCUUGAAGUAUACAAAUCUCGGUCAUUGAGUUUAAUUUUCAAUAUUUGUUGCUCGUUUGAGUUGAAUUUCUUGGAUUAAUAACAAAUUUUUAAACAAAACAAAAAAACGAUCUGAUCAAGAUGAGUGGUGGAGUUGAUAGCAUUAUCAGCUAUAAACGUAACCCCGACGAGGAGUUCUACGCCAUGCUUAAUUGUGAUGAGCAUUCAUCUAUCGAGCAGAUACAAGCUGAAUUUAAAAUUUUAGCUUUGCAAUUUCAUCCCGACAAGAAUAGCGGUGAUAAGGAGUCUGAAGGGAAAUUUCAGAAAUUGAAGGAAGCCAAGGAAACACUUUGCGAUCCUGAGAAGCGUGCCAAUUAUGAUAAAUGGCGUAAUAGUGGCAUAGCUAUGAGCUACAAAAACUGGUUAGGAAUGAAAGAACAUGUCGGACAGUCUAUGCACUGGGCAACUCCAAAAACCAAAGACCGUAUGUUAGAAGAAACUGGCGCUGGUGGAGCCACUGGAGCAACUAGUGGUCUAUCAGCUGCUGCUCCAAACCCAGCUCAUCGUCGUGCUUCAGAAGGCGGAGCAGCCCUCUAUUAUGGCAGCCGUAAAUCUGAAUGGGGAACAGACAACACUGAAGUUGCCAACAAGUUCCGUAACUAUGAAAUUUAAGUCUUUCCACCACCGAAAUAUCUACCGCAAAAAAAAUUUGUAUUUUCUAUAAAACAAUUUUUAUUUCUGCUACAGAUAUUGGCAAAAAUAAAAAAUAUAUAUUUAUUUUUAUUUUAUUAAUUUAGGAAUAAAAACAUAUAUACAAAACCUAACUUGAAAAAAAAAAUUGUAGCUGCUAGAAUUUAUAUUAUUAAAUAAAAAAAAAAAACAUAUUUUACAUGCAAGAAGUAUAAUUCUAAAAAAAAAAAAAAAACAAAUAAAAAAUAUUUAUCUAUCAAAGGAAGGUACUUUCUAUGUGUAUAUUUUCUGAAUGUUGUUUAUUUUAUUUUUGUCUAAUGAACCAAUUUUUAGCACAAAAAAUAUUGAAAACAAAAAAGUUAAAAAAAAUAAUAUUUAAUGUGAAAUGUAGAAGACUUGUGUGUACUAGAAAAUAAAUAUAUAUAAAAAAUUAAAUAAAAUACAAAAAAUCAAAAAAAAAGAAGAAAUAAUUUCAAUAAUAACUAUAUACAUUAUGUAACCUUUCUAUAUAAAAAAAAAACAAAAAAACAUUAAUUAAAAUAGACAAGAACAAGAAAAAAACUUUAACAAAAUAUAUACAUACUUUUAAGUCACCUUGUUAAUUACUUAUAUAUACAAAAAUAAAAAUCAUAUAUCAAUAAAUGUAUAAUCAAUGUUAAAAAAUAAGAAAAAAACAAUUAAGAAACUGUAAUUUCAAUGAAAACAAAAGAAGAAGAAAAGAAAAAGUCGUAUCAUUAGUUAAGAUAACAAUUUAGUUAAAUAUUUUUUUAUAAAUUAUAUAUAUUUAACAUAUAUAUAAAAAAGGAGAUGAAUGGAUUUAAAAUAAAAUUAAAUAAAAUAUUUUUUAAAACAUAAGACAAUCUCCUAACAAACAAAAAAGAAAUACCCUCAAAUAUAAACAAAAAAUGGUGGAAAAAAAACUAUAUCAUAACUUAUUAAUAAAAAAUGCAAUUAAAAAAUGGUUUCUAAUGGAAAAACUACCAAAAAAUAUAUCAUUCAUUAAAAAAUCAUUCAGUAUUCAAACACAAACAAAUAUAUAUGUUACAAGAAAUAUAUCAAUUUUUCAUCUUCUCACUGUGAGCUGUUAAAUGUAAAGAGAAUUUUAUAUCUCAAUUCACUCGGUGUCCUUUAUUCUCACUCUCUUCAAUCUCUUUCUCAUACACACAUAAUACACAUUCAAUCAAACAAAACACACAAAAGAGAUGAGUAAAAAAAAACUUCAAAAAAAUAAAUAUUUAUUAUAAAAUAUAAACAAAAAUCUAUUAAAUGUUACAAGAGAUAAUGUCCUUUAUGAAUUUCAAGAAAUGUUUUAUUUUAUAUGUGUGUGAUAUGUAUCAAAAUAAAAAUCAAAGAACAAAAACCUAUAAACAAAAUAUUAAUCUUUGUUAUGAAUAAUUAAAAUUUAAAAGAGAAAAACUGAAUUUACAAAAGAAAAAUGUUUAUGUAACACUGAUCGAUUUACUAUAAUAAAAACUAAUAAAACAAAUCGGAGUAAGAUUGCUCCUCGAAAUGAA